UAUGGCUGCUGUCAAGCAGACAAAGGCAAAGGAGUCUCGCCUCGAUUUGCAAUCAAAAUAGGAGGUAAAAAGAAAGCAGCAAGGCUUUGCGAAAAUUGUUGCUGCAUGCUUAGUAACAGUAGUAAAUGAAAUAAAUUUCGGACGAAUAUAUUGUCCUGUUAAUGGUGUGGCGGGCGGGGGCCCUAGAUUCAAAGACCGUCAAGAAUGUCCCACUACACGGAUGAGCCCCGCUUCACGAUUGAGCAGAUCGACCUGCUCCAGCGGCUUCGCCGGACGGGCCUGACCAAGCAGGAGAUCCUGCACGCGCUCGACACCCUGGACCGGCUGGACCGUGAACACGGGGAGAAGUUUGGCCGGCGCCGCACUGCCUGCGUCGGGACGGGGGCGGCGGCGGGCCCGGGCGCCAGCAACACCACCUCUUCCACGUCCUCUUCCAACAACGUGGUGGCCGCCUCGUCCUCCUCCUCCUCCACCACCACCAUCGCCACCCAGACGCAGUUCUACGGCGCCCUGUCCCCGUCGCCCAGCAACAGCUACGACACCUCCCCGCCCCCUCCCGCCACCUGCGCCUCUGUCUCCCCCGCCGUCGUGUCCCAGAACGGCCGCGACGCCUCGACCGCCGCAACCAACGGGAAGCUGUCCCCGCCCCGCUUCCCCGUCAGCAGCGCUGCAUCCACACGUGCCUACGGCUACGAAGUGCCCGAGGACGAGAUGGAGAUCGAGGACAAGGUGGAGGAGCUCAUGAGAAGGGACAGCAGCCUCAUUAAAGAGGAAAUCAAAGCCUUCCUGGGCAAUCGGCGCAUAUCCCAGGCAGUGGUGGCCCAGGUAACAGGUAUCAGCCAGAGCCGCAUCUCCCAUUGGCUUUUGCAACAGGGCUCGGACCUGAGCGAGCAGAAGAAGAGGGCCUUCUUCCGCUGGUACCAGAUGGAGAAGACCACGCCUGGUGCCACUCUGACCAUGCGCCCCACCCCCUUGGCUUUAGAGGAUGUGGAGUGGAGACAGACCCCUCCCCCCAUAAGCUCCGCCCCCGGGAGCUUCCGUCUGCGACGCGGGAGCCGCUUCACCUGGAGGAAGGAGUGCCUGGCCGUGAUGGAGAGUUACUUCAAUGAGAACCAGUACCCUGACGAGGCUAAGAGGGAGGAGAUUGCCAACGCCUGCAAUGCUGUCAUACAGAAACCAGGAAAGAAGCUGUCAGAACUGGAGAGGGUCACCUCCCUGAAGGUCUACAACUGGUUUGCAAAUCGACGGAAGGAGAUCAAGAGGAGAGCCAAUAUUGAAGCAACAAUCCUGGAGAACCAUGGGAUAGAUGUGCAGAGCCCAGGAGGUCAUUCUAACAGCGACGAUAUCGAUGGGAACGACUACUCCGAGCAGGGCUGUGAUGUCACCUUUCUUGAAAAGAGACCAGUACCCAGAUCCUUUGGUUUCGGCAGAAUUGACCUGUCAUCGCCCACACAGGUGCCCGUUUUGCUGCCCAGUUGGCUGUCGACCAAGCCCAGCUCAGGCAGGGCACGACCGCAGAGGGGGGCCUUGCCCGGACGGCAGGGUGCGGGGGAGGGGAAGGCGGAGAGCCCCAGACUGACCGCUGUCUCCUGGUCUCCCUCCUCCCUCCAGGACGAAAGCAACGGCCACGGCGACCACCAGGACCCCAUCACGCUCGCCGUGGAGAUGGCUGCCGUCAACCACAGCAUCCUAGCGCUGGCCCGACAGGGCGGGGGCGGCAACGAGAUCAAGACAGAGGUGCUGGAUGAUGACUAGGGAGCCUGUGAGUGUGUGUGUUGGAAAGGGGCGGGGGGGUUUAGGCUGAAGUGCAGGAAUUGCCAUGUCUUCAACAGGGUACGUAAUCAAAGUUCAUGGAGGGCUGAAUUUGCUGAAUGACGAUGACCAAAUCUGUGUGUGACAAGUUACCGGUCCCUACGCUGCCACCCUUCCUGAGUUCUGAUGUCAGCAGCCCUACCUGCUGUGUUAUUUGCCCUUUCUACUGGUUUAGUAUCUGUACAACACAGACAUGUAUGCUUUCUGUUUGUUACUAGAAAAGUGCUCGAUUUGGCAUGGAGUCUGUUUGAAUUGGUUAUUUUUUAACAUGCUGGAUAGGUUAAACAGCUCUACACUAAACCUCUCCCACAUGGGUGAGCGACUGGGAAGAGUAUGCCCCUCUCUACCUCUUUUCCCUCUCUGUUCCCCUCAGGUAGAAGAGGGGUGGCCUCUUCUUGUUGGUGGUAGAGGUGAUGGUAGAGGUGGGGGAACAGCACUGUACUGGUAGCCCGCCCCAGUAAUCGUGUUCACACCCACACAUUUACUUCAAAGGCAACUUCAAGUGGUCUCUUGCCUUCAAAUUCUGUACCAACAGUCAAGGCUUCACUUUGCUUAAAAGCAAAAGGUGGUCACAGAUAUGUUAAACCCACCCUG